GCCGACCGAUCGAGAGAGAUGGGUAGAGUUAUCAGAGCUCAGCGUAAGGGAGCUGGAUCUAUAUUCAGAUCCCAUAUUCGUCAUCGUAAGGGAGCUACAAAAUUCAGGAGGUUGGAUUUUGGUGAAAGGAAUGGUUACUUGAAAGGUGUAGUUACCGAAAUCAUUCAUGAUCCAGGAAGUGGUGCACCAUUAGCUAGAGUUACCUUCCGUCAUCCAUUCAGGUACAAGCAUCAGAAGGAGUUGUUCGUUGCGGCUGAGGGUAUGUACACUGGUCAGUUUUUGUACUGCGGGAAGAAAGCUGGUUUGAUGGUUGGUAAUGUUUUUCCAUUGAGAUCAAUUCCUGAAGGAGUUGUUGUUUGCAACGUUGAGCAUAUAUUGGACACCCCAGUACCUGGAAUCUUACAUCCUGGUGUGGCAUCAUCUUGGGUGGAGUAUAUGAUGCCUCCUAACUAUUAA